AUGGAUGUCGUGAAAAUUCGCCUGCAACAGCAACAUCAUCCCUUUCCAAAAGGACAAUGUUUCUAUUUCUAUAACGGCUUGAUGGAACAUGUGUGCACUGCAUGUGAGCAUCGUCAACCAUGUGUGUGGUACCAACGGCCGGGCAAUUUCUCUGGGACAAUUGAUGCAUUUGUAAAAAUAACGCGAGAGGAAGGCAUAAAAUCAUUAUGGAGUGGCUUAUCACCUACAUUAGUCAUGGCUAUACCUGCUACCGUCUUCUACUAUUCUUUAUAUGACACUUUAUAUUCUAAGUUCAUGCAGAGGUGUGUAGCGUCUGAGUUUGCAUUUUUUUCUUAUUAUUUUCACUUAUUUUUUAACUUCUGUACCUUAAGGCUGUACCGUCGGCGCACAUUGACGCCAGAAUUAUGGUGCCCACCCGAGUGGACAGCAGCUACACUUGCCGGUGCUACCGCGCGCACGUCAGCAGCCACCAUUGUUAGUCCGCUGGAGAUGAUUCGAACAAAAAUGCAAAGCGAACAGUUGACUUAUCGAGAUAUUGGACGAGCUUUGAGAGUGACCGUAGCAAAGAAUGGCAUACGAGGUUUUUACCUAGGUUGGAUGCCCACACUUUUGAGGGACAUCCCAUUUUCAGCUAUUUACUGGGCUUUCUACCAAUAUUUCAAACGAAAUUUGCUAGAAUGGAGAAAUAUGGAACGAACGACGUUUGCAACCGCAUUCGCAUGUGGAGCUACUUCAGGAACGAUAGCUGCCAUUAUAACGACUCCGUUUGAUGUGGUAAGGCAUGACCACAUAUCGUAUUUUAUCUUUAUUUUUUUCAGAUUUAUCAUGAAAACGCAUCUUCAAAUAAAAUUAGGACAAGAGAAUGCUGUAUGGCGAGUGCCUACAAAGAAAAUCAUCAAUGAAAUCAUGGAGAAUGGCGGUGGUGUCAGGGCGCUUUUUGCAGGUUUUGCUGGAAUUUUAUUUUUCUAUUUUUUUAUUAGCAAAUUUGAAAUUGUAGGAGUUGUGCCACGAGUAGUAAAAAUUGCUCCAUCCUGUGCCGUGAUGAUAGGAUCAUACGAGUAUUUUAAAGGAUAUUUUGCACGACGGAAUCAGCGACAUUCUUUGUCACAAUAG